UGGCAGGAGGAGGGGAGACCUCGCCUCGCGCACAGGCGAGCAUAUAUAAAAGGGCGUCCGCCAAUCUAGGGUUUUCUUCUGGGACGCAGGCGGCGGCUUAGGGUUUUAACUCGCAUCCAUUCUCAAGGUUAGCAGGAGACCGGCCAUGGCGCCGUCGCAGCCCAAGUCAGGGCUCUUCGUGGGCAUCAACAAGGGCCACGUCGUCACCAAGCGCGAGCUGCCGCCACGCCCGUCCGACCGGAAGGGGAAAGGUACCAAGAGGGUGCUGUUUGUCCGGAACUUGAUUAGGGAGGUUGCUGGAUUUGCUCCCUAUGAGAAGCGUAUCACUGAGCUUCUUAAGGUUGGAAAGGACAAGCGUGCACUCAAGGUCGCCAAGAGGAAGCUUGGUACUCACAAGAGAGCAAAGAAGAAGAGGGAGGAGAUGUCAAGUGUCCUCAGGAAGAUGAGGUCUGGUGGUGGUGGUGCUGCGGACAAGAAGAAAUAGAUUUUGCAUGUUGGUGAAAUUCUAUUUAUCUCAAUGCGUUGCCCCGUAUUUCCAUAUUAUGCCAAGUCUGUAGUCUGUAGCCUGUGGCAAUUUCAAGUUCAGAGUCAAACUAUGAAUUUUCGACACUAUAUUUGCAAGUGGAGUAACAUGGUAGUACAUUGCAUUCUGAGUUCAGAGUAAAACCGUGAGUUUUUGGCACUA